GCAACAUAACCUCAAUAAAUUUUGGCGCGUUGUCACAGCCGCGGGUGUUUAUUAUGUAUUCCCAACCAGAGAUCUACCAGAGAAACAUUGAGGAUGUCCACUCUACAAUUUCUCAUGCAAAACUCGAGGAGAAGAAUCUAACAAAUAUCACUCAAGCUCUCUACUUUCCCAACAUCACCGAUGAUCUGGCCAACAUAAAGCUUCUGGAGCUCAAUCCUCACCUCCUGCAGCACAUACAAGAAGGCCAGACCCUAUCCCUAAAAGGUGGACUUACUGAAAAUGUCGUUCUCUGCACCAACAGCAAAACAUUUGACCUCAAAGAAGCAGAAGUGUCCAAUUCAUUUUUGCUUGUUCCUGACCUGAAAUUCGCCCAAGAUACAUGCCGAAGCCCCCUCAAAGUAAAAUCUUCGUCAAAUGCUAACAACUCAGCAGACAGUAGCAUGGAGGAGGACGCAGAAGAUCACCGCAAUCGAUCAGACAUCACGCUAGAGCGGAGAGAUGUUCUGAAGAUUUUCCAGGAAUAUUUUGAACCUCGUGAGAUCCAACCGCGAUUUCGCAAAUUACAUGAUCUCCUCCAGAUGACCAGAUAUUCAGGUCCGGAAAAUGAAUACUGCAUCGACAGGAAGCUACUCUUCACGCGACAGCAGCUCCUGGACACAAUUCAGUGCAGCGAAGAACAGUUUUCUCAGGGAUUGCGAAUUGUGAGGGCAAUGGAAGUUGAUGAUCACAUCAGAGUGCUGGAAACUGAAUACGAAUUCCGUGUGAUGGGACUUCUCUUGGGGCUAAUUGAAGAGAACUCAUGGACUCUGGAGGAGAUUGACCGUGAUGAAUCUCUGAAUUCUCUACGGGAAAUUGUGCCAGAGCAAAUUUUAGCGGCAGUUUUUGACCUCUACACUCAACCAAGUGAAAGGGCACCAGAAAAAUUCACCUACAAUGAGGCAAAAGUUUGUCGUGCAAUGGCCAGGAGUAUUCUCAAGCCGGGGCUUAAAUUUCACAUUGAUGACUUCCUCAGCACAUGGCAAGGAACCCUGCCUGAAGGAAUGAAGAUCGAUGAGAGGUAUUUGAGAGGAAUUGGAGUGAUUGAUAGAGAGUCAAAGAUGCCAUGCGUGAGGACACUCCUGGAGACAAAUUUACCAACAAAUCCCCAUGAACGCUUCCAGAUCAUCUUUCAGGCCAAAGAGUGCUGGACUCUCGAUGAAAUUGAACCCUAUGUGGAAUGCUUUACAACCCCAACAGCCACAGUAACUUCCAUCCUCAAUAAAUUCACACGAUCAAUGAACCAAAAUGGUCAGAGAGUGUACCUCUCCAAGCACUAAAAAUAAUUAAAAUUGAAGAGGAUCAAAGGCGAGGGAGUUUUACCUUCCCAAGGAGAUUUUUCAAAUCAUCAAAAAAUAUUUAAAUAAAGAAAAAAAGUUCAGUUGGUAGAGCACUCGUCUUUAUAACGAGAGGUCUCCAGUUCGAUUCUGGGUGGAGGCAGGAAUUUUUCCUAUUUCCACUGAGAAAAAAACUGGAUGAGGUCAUUUGCUCUGAUUGACGAUUUCUCUGUACAUAAAUACAAUUAACAUUGAACUGAAGUUCGUAAAAUUCUCACGAAAAAAAUAAAAUUUCAAUUUUCCAAGAAUUUUCAGUUAGAAUUACGGAUUUCAAAGGAAUUUUUAAAAUUAAAAAAAAAUAUUAAGAAUUUUCCAGACCUGAAUUUAAAUUGCUAACUAAGCAAUAAAAUGCUCACUAAUCUUUAAAUGAUUCGCAAACAAUUUGCAACUUUUUUGGUACUUAACACCUCACGAAGUUCAAAUAAGUUAACUUUGAAAGUAACAACACACUAAAUUUAACCCUUUAAUUUUUUUUAACCCUUUAACGAUGAGACACUUUUUACUGACUGAAAAUCAACAAUAAAAAUUAAAAUGAGAAACAUAAUCAAUGAUAAGUCUUACAUCUAACCUUGGAAAGUCCAACAGAGUCUGAUUCGACGUAUUUUGUGCUUCUAUGAACGAUAAGGGCAAAAAUAGCUCAAAAAAUGAAGUAUUUUUUCUGACAAUUCCAGUGAAUAAGAUUUUUCGCUUUAAUGAAAAAUAUUACGUAUGAGUAUUGUAGUUUUAAUUGCCAAAAAGGUUUCCCUUAAAAAAAUGGGAAGUAUAAAAAUAAAUAAAAUCAAUUAAGAAUUUGAGAAUUUCAAAAUUCGCCAUUUUUGAGGUAAAAAAUUUACUAUACAGUAAAUAGCCGGUGACUUGCAAAAAAUACUCUAGAUUCCUUCAACCUUCUACUUCACAAUUAUGUGCAGACAUAAGACAAAAAUAACUUUAGGUAGUCAGGAAAAAUUAUUUUCUUUAUGGGACACCGGUGUCCCAAUCGUCCUUAAAGGUUUAAAGCAUGACUGGCAUUUGUUACGAGAAAAAAAUAGUGUUGAUGAAAAAACGCUCUGGAAUAUAAAUCAAUCAAUAAAAUCAUAUUCAUUUAUCUUCAUGAUAAUAAUAAGUUAAUUUUAAUUAAAUUAUCCUAAAUCCCACUGAUGAAUACUUCCUCAAUCCGGAUACUUUCUCCGCUCAUAAAAAGUCGUUAACGCCAUUGCCAUUUGAUGCCACCUCUAAUGAAUGUUUUUUCUAUGUAAUUUAUAUAUUCUUUUUUAUUUAGAAGUAUUUUAUUGCGGCAGUUUAUAUUUUUUGGACUGAUCCUUUGUAGGGUGAUUGAUGUCUGUAUUUCUCGC